ACAUCGUGUAUAAAUACCACACACACCGUACGGUUCGCAACUGGAUCUGUGGUUCACUUCCCUUUCUUCCUUCAUCUUCAUCUUCCUCGUUCUCGUUCUCCAUUUCCAUCUUCUGAUUCUUCUUCGCAAUCUCAUUGCUUCGCUUCGCUUCGAUUCGAUGCGAUGCGAGGUCACGAUUUGAUCAACACUUGUCUCCCCGACGAGUUAAUCGUCGAGAUCUUCCACCAUAUCGAGUCCAAAUCCACCCGCGACGCCUGCUCCCUCGUCUGCAGACGGUGGCGCCGCCUUGAGCGUCUCUCUCGAUCAUUCAUCCGCAUCGGCGCCACCGAUUCCCCUGACCUCUUCGUCCACCUCAUCUCUUCCCGCUUCUCCAAUGUCACCACCGUUCACAUCGACGAGCGCAUCUCCGUUCCGCUUCCCCUUAGUGAACUCGUGAAAAAACCCGAUAAGGGAGCGUCUUCUUCUUCGGCGCUGAAGCUGCAUUACAUGAAGGAGAAUAAUGGGUCUACUUCUGCUGAGGGAGAUUUCGAUUCGCUAUGCUUGUCUGAUGCUGGAUUGUCUGCUCUCGCGAAUGGGUAUCCUAAGCUCCAGAAGCUGAAGUUGAUUUGGUGUUCUAAUGUCACUAGCAAGGGAUUGACAUCGCUUGCUCGCAAAUGCGUGUCUCUGAAAGCCUUGGACUUGCAGGGUUGUUAUGUGGGAGAUCCAGGUAUGGCUGCUGUUGGACAGUGCUGCAAAAAUCUUGAAGAUUUGAAUCUGCGUUUCUGUGAAGGCGUGAGUGAUAAGGGUUUGGUUGAGUUAGCCGUAGGUGUGGGAAAAUCAUUAAAAUCUCUUGGUAUAGCUGCUUGUGCCAAAGUAUCUAACAUCACAAUGGAAGCUGUUGGAUCGCACUGCGGAUCCCUUCAGACCUUGUCAUUGGACUCUGAGUUCAUCCACAACGAAGGGGUGAAUGCUGUGGCUAAAGGAUGUCCAAAUUUGAAAGCUCUAAAGCUGCAAUGUAUUAAUCUUACAGAUGAUGCUUUGGAAGCUGUAGGCGUUAGCUGUUUGUCGUUGGAAUUGUUGGCUCUAUAUAGUUUUCAGAGAUUUACUGAUAAGGGUUUGUGUGCUAUCGGGAAUGGAUGUAAGAAGUUAAAGAAUUUGACUUUAAGUGAUUGUUUUUUCCUAAGUGACAAGGGUUUGGAAGCAAUUGCCACUGGCUGCAAGGAACUUACUCAUCUGGAAGUCAAUGGAUGCCACAAUAUUGGAACUUUUGGUCUAGUAUCUGUUGGGAAAUUUUGCAAACAUCUCUCUGAGUUAGCAUUGCUUUACUGCCAAAAAAUUGGCGAUGGUGGCCUUCUUAGAGUUGGAAAAGGAUGCAAAUUCUUGCAAGCUCUUCACUUGGUAGAUUGCUCAAGCAUUGGAGAUGAAGCCAUGUGUGCUAUAGCUAGGGGCUGCAGGAAUUUAAAGAAACUUCAUAUCCGUCGCUGUUAUGAGAUUGGGAACAAGGGGAUCAUUGCUGUUGGCGAGCACUGUAGGUCUCUAACUGAUCUUAGCAUUCGAUUCUGUGAUAGGGUUGGAGAUGAGGCCCUUAUUGCUAUAGGUGAGGGCUGUUCCCUCCAAUAUCUGAAUGUGAGUGGUUGCCACAAAGUUGGAGAUGCCGGAUUGAUAGCCAUUGCAAGGGGGUGCCCUCAACUCUGUUAUUUGGACGUGAGCGUACUGCAGAAUUUGGGUGACAUGGCUAUGACUGAGUUGGGAGAACACUGUCCAUUGAUUAGAGAAAUAGUCAUCUCUCACUGCCGUCAAAUAACAGAUGUUGGUUUAGCCCAUCUUGUAAAAAGCUGCACCAUGCUGGAGUCAUGCCACAUGGUUUAUUGCUCUGGUAUAACUUCAGCUGGAGUGGCCACCGUGGUUUCUAGCUGUCUCAACAUAAAAAAGGUUCUUGUUGAGAAGUGGAAGGUUACCCCGAGGACCAAGCGCCGAGCAGGCUCUGUGAUUUCCUACUUGUGUGUGGACCUCUAGACCUCGUUCGGUAUAUAUGCAUACCCCCAAUCUUGCUACAGGUUGAUGUGUGAAUUUAAAUAAAGCUGCAAGCUAUGUGUUUUUACUUAUGCAGAACUUUUGUUCCCUUAGUGAAUGAAGUUUUUUCAUGUACUAAUUCUCAUAAGAUGAUAUGAGAUGGAGUCAUGACUUUGCUGUAGGAGUGUCAGUAGUUCAGGAAACAAUAGGCUUAGUUAAAUAAAUGUGUUUUGAUUUAUGGAUAGACAUAGUUUAAUAAAUCUUUUGACUCUGAUAUUUAUGUAACACCAAACUUGUUAAAGAAAAUAAAUAUUUGCUUUGGACUUAA